AUGCAGACAGCAAGGGAACAGGGAGUGGAUGUUCUGUUCUGCAGUGAGCAGCAUAGAAAGAACGAUCUCGCUCCUUGGUACCAGGAUAGGUCUGGCAGGGCAGCUGUGCAGGUGUGCAAUCCUGCAUUAAGGAUUGACAGGUUCCUGGAGACGAACAGUGGAUUUGUUUGGGUUGAGGUGGCGGAAAUACGAAUGUAUAGCUGCUAUUUCUCUCCGAACGAUCCACUGUCGGACUUCGAAGCAGACAUUGAUAACCUAGAAUCGAGCCUUAGGGAAUCCAGGCUGGAUGUCCUCGUCACAGGAGACUUUAAUGCAAAGUCUCCAGAGUGGGGAGAGACUAGGCUCGAUAAAAGAGGUAUAAUGAUUGCAGAAAUGGUCUCCAGGAACAAUUUAAUAGUUGUCAAUCAAGGAAAGUCGUGGACUUUCAGAAGAGACACGAUCGGAUCAAUCAUAGAUUUGACGAUCGCAUCGUCUCAUUUGAUUAGCCGCAUAAGCGACUGGCGGGUCUCUGAGGAAUACACCGCAAGUGAUCACCAGUACAUCGAGUUCUCAGUCUCAGUGGGAGACACACGAGGAGGCAGAAGACAGGAAGCUCCUAGUCGAAAAAGCCCCUCGUGGAACACUAAGAGACUCGACAAGGAGAAGUUCGGCCAGUCCCUUCUAGAAGCCCGCUUAAUUCAAGAGUUGGGCUGGGUAAGGAGGCCGAACAGUCUUGAUGGGGAAGUGCGGGCGGUGAGAAAUAUAAUCGUCACCGCCUGCGAUGCGUCAAUGCCGCGUCGCAACGGCACAUUCCCCAAGAAGAGAUCCUUGCACUGGUGGUCAGAAAGGUUGGCCUCCUUGCGAAAGGCAUGUUUCAGAGCAAGAAGGACAUAUACCCGAUCUAAGGGAGAUCCCUUGCUCAAGGAAGCAUACAAGGAGGCCAAAAAGAACCUCAGCAAAGAGAUCCGCGCGUCGCGACGCCGUAGCUGGAAGGACCUAAUCGAGGACGUCGAGAAGGACCCAUGGGGUCUGGCUUUUAAAAUCGUUACUAAGAAAUUAGUAACGAGGCAAAAGACCCCCGGCCUGGACAAUCCCGAUUGGGUCAGAAAGGUAAUAAAAGCCCUGUUUCCUCCUGCAGAGCCGUGGCUUAGGAAGGACUGGAGUUCUUGCGUAGUCACAGAGGAAGAACUCUUUACUCUUGAAGAAUUGGAAUCAGCAGGUAGAAGAUUGAAGACAGGCAAGGCGCCUGGAAUCGAUGGGAUAAGCAACAAGAUCCUAAAAGAGGUGAUUGUUGCUUCCCCCAGAUUUUGCUGGACAUCUUCAAUCGCUGCCUAG